CAAGUUUAUUAUUGUUUAUUUUUGUUUAUUUAUUACAAUUAUUAAUUGCUUAUAUAUUUUACAAAAUCAGCAGUUGUAAAGUAUUUUUGAUUAAGAAAAAUGGCAGGCUACACACGACAACAUCAUUACAUUAGAGUUGGUCAAACUAUUGUAUCAACUGAAGUUCAAAUUUUAAGAACUGAUAUCAAUGAAUGCUGGUUUACACAUGAUAAAUUAGAGAGAAUUAUAAUGAUGAUGCAAGGUUUUCUGAUCAAUGAAGUAGAUAAAGGUUUAACAACUUAUGAUCAAAUGUAUUUUGCAGAAGAUGAUUUGCUUGCUGUAUUUUACCACUUCAAGAAAAAAAGAUGUGAUUUCGUUUUAACUCGUAAAAAGAAUUUGCAGAACAGUAAUGCAGGUGGAAAUUAUGUUGGUUAUUUUGAAUUUCCUUACAUGCUUUUCAUCACUGUGAAUCAAAAAAGAUCUCUUGAAAACAAAGUGAAUGAAAUUAAAGACAUUGAAUCUUAUUCGAAGAUUAUGGAAAGUGAUGAAGAUGAGAAUGUAUUUUGUCCACCUAGUACGACUCCAAAGUGUAUAAUUGAAUUGAGUAGGUUUGCUUCAAAACUUACUGUUAAUGAGGUGCAUGAUAUAGUCCAAAGUCUCGAAAAAGAUAUUUAUAGAGUAUUUAAUGGAGAGGUAACAUGCAGACGCCAUGAGGCUUUUAAAAAUGGUGGAAACGAUAAAGCAUACCUUAGAAUGCAGACUUGUAGUAACAUCCUAACUGAUGAACACGAAGAAGUGAUCUGUCAUUAUUUACUUAAAAUGUUUUGUGCAAAGAAAUCAAAACAUUUUGACUAUAUAAUGAAAGUUCUUCUUCCGGAGACCAUUACUAUGUUCUAUGCUAAAGUCGCAAACAUUUCAAUUGAAGAGGCAAGAAAUAUGAUCAAUAGUGUAUAGAAGAAUUUUACAGAAUAUCAUCGAUAGUGAAUCUGGCUUAUAAAAAGUACUGAGAAAGUUUGGUGAAAAAAUGAGUUUGAAUUUUUUGCUUUGAAAAAAACUUUAUUUUAA